GUGGUAUUGCCCUUCAUGCCUCCAAUUAUCAUGAUGUCCGACUGGUCGAAAUUGCCAGACAUUUUUUUCCCCAAAGUGUCUCUGACAGAGGUCAAACAACAGGCCAAUCAGGUCGUGUCCCAGAAAGACAUUGACUUGAAAAACGUUGACUGGUCCCAAAUAUGGGCCGAUAUUCUUAAUGCUCUGGGACAGGCUGGACGUCUGUUGGUCAAUUUGUGGAACACUAUCCUUUCCAGUGUUUUGCUCACUUUAAUCGAAGUCAACGACUGGUCAAUCGUGCAUCCAUACGUUGCAGCCGGAGUCUUGAUAUUGCUCUCUGCAGUCACAAAUAUUGGAGUCUUCCUGGCAUUAUUGCAGCUGACGGGAGCGAUUGCAGUGUUCUUGUGUCUUCUCCCGGUGCAGCUUGUCAUCUGGUGUUUGGGCUUCAGGAAUCAAGGAGUAGCGCAAGGUUCAUUUGCAUCCGCAUAUCAGUCCAGUCACUACGGUGGUACUGUGCCGCGAGGCUCUUCGUUCGCGCACCUCCAAUCAACUGGGGCCACCAUGUUGCCAGUUCCAUUGACGCUCGUCUCCUUGUUAUCGUAUGUUGGAGUUGCGAUUGUCUUGGGCCGGGAGUGGAGGUGGUGGCUCUGAUGAGGCAACUGGUUAUUGCAUCGUGUCGAAAGGAAGGGAACCUAAGAUUAUGCAGUUGGCUGAGGGUUUGAGUUUGCGAGUGAUCAGGCCGAAGAGCCGAUGAUACUACGUACAUAUGUGUGACCUUUGUCUAGAGAAUGUCAACGUGGGUUUAAUUUCAUGGAAACAUGAUGCACCAGCGUUUGGCGUUUACUUUAUAAACAGAUUUAUCCAGUUA